GGGAUGCGCCCAGCCCAGAGCGGGCUGAGAUCCACUAGUGGCUUGACCUGGCUGCCAGUGGCCUCAGGGGGAAAAUGACCCCAUGGACCCUGGCUGUGUGGCUGCCUUUGAAUCUGCUGCUUCUCUGGCUCCCAGGCUGCUGUCUUCUGAGAGGCCCCAGCAGAGUGACAGGCACCCAGGGCGGAUCCCUGAGCCUGCAGUUCUGGUAUGAGGAGAAAUACAAGACAUAUAACAAAUACUGGUGCAGAAGCUCACGUGUGCUAAGACGAUGUGAGAAUACUGUGGAGACCAAAGACUCAGAGAGAGAAGUGAGCAGAGGCAGAAUGUCCAUCAGUGACCAUCCUGAGAACCUCACCUUCACUGUGACCUUGAAGAACCUCUCUCUGGAGGACACAGGCUCUUACUGGUGUGGGAUUCAUAUACCUUGGCAAGAAGAACUGGAUGACUACUUCCAGGUUGCUGUGUUUGUGCUCCCAGCCUCCAGUUCCAAGAACAACAGGAGCACCCUGAGGCCUCCCACCCUGGAGCCUCCACCAAAGGGGCCAGGCACCACAAGGAAGGCCAUGCCAACCCCCAGCCCACAGCCUGGGUCCCUGCUGAGCAGCGUCCACUUCCUGCUGUUGGUCUUUCUGGAGCUGCCCCUGCUGCUGGGCAUGCUCAGUGCGGUCCUCUGGGUGAACAGGCCUCUGAAGAUCCCAAAGCAGCAGGUGGAGUAAACCAGAUUCUGAGCACCAGUGACAUCUGUGGCAGCUACGUGGCCCCUUGGGGAUAGAGACCACCACCUUCUGACCGGCAGAUCUGUGUUUCCUUCACAAUACUCUACACCUUCCAGAAAUAUCUGGGAAAUGUCUUCUUGUGUUAUAUCAAAUAUAUAAAAGAAUAUGUCUAAUAAAUA